AAUUUCGUACAAAGUCAGACAAUAGUAGCUUCAGAAGCACGUCGGACAGGAACCAGCAAGAGAGUCGAAGCUUGGGUACAUCCUCUAUUGAAGCGCUGAUGUCUCCACUUGUGUGUUCUCAAGUGUCGCUGGCAUCCACCUCUGCACUUCCCACGAAGACACAAGGAAUUGUUGGGAUAUUCUGGGACUACGAGAACUGUGAAGUCCCAUCUACGUCAGAUGGGUGCGCAGUUGCAGCUGCUAUAAUUGAUUUGGCAGAACGAUAUGGAACCAUUAAGGUGUUCAAAGCAUACCUGGAAACAGCGCAACAUGCAACUGCAUCACCCCGCUCAGAGCUCGCAUCUUCAGGAGUAGACAUAAUUGAUUGUCCUCAUAACGGAAAGAAGGAUGUCGUCGACAAGAUGCUAAUGGUGGAUAUGAUGACAUUUGCACUGGACAAUGCCGCAUCCGACACAACUAUUAUUAUUAUAUCUGGGGACGGUGACUUCAUGCGAGCUGUAGCGUCGCUUCGACGUAGACAGUAUUGCAUGAUAGUCAUCGCACCCAGAGGAUGUACCCAUCCGGGAUUGAGUUUACAAUCAGCUGAGACGUACAGUUGGGAGAAUGACGUCCUGGCCCAGCAGAAGCUGAGUCCACUCAGUCCAGGUUGCCCAGAAAAGUCGACUACUCUGGACGUGGCCGAACGGGAGUCCUCGCGCACUGCUGCCAGGGCUACUGGGCAGCAAGAUGGUUCAAAAUCCGCGCAUAUGCGAGGGACGUCAGAGGAAUGCCGAUUACAGAACGUUAUGAUGGAGAAAAAUGGGAAAGCGUCACUGCCCGUCGAACUUGAUGCAGACAGUCCUCACGUGGAAAUGGGAUCAAAGAAACUUGCAAAGAAUUCCACUGUGGACAACCCUGGAAGUGAGAUGACAAAGACAGAACAAGAGUCAAUACCGGCUCACAGCGCGGCACCCUCCAACUCCAAGCAGCACAGGAAGCCUCCUGAGGGUUUUGAAGUCCUGGUCAAGGUUCUGGAAGCGCAGCGAUUGCAAGGCAAUAUACGGAUAACCUCAUCACUCGUAGGAAGAUUGAUUUUGGAGGAGGACAAGGAUGCGUACAAACGCCUAGGCACCUCGAGCUUGACAGCAUACACUGUUGAGGCAAGCAAGAAAGGGAUUGUUUUGUUGGGGAAAGACGAUUCAGGGCAUGGCAACAGCUGGAUUGAGCUGCAUAAAGACUACCACGGCCCUAGCUGAGGUUCGAAGAGAGACAGGGUAGUCGAUUUGAGAGGCAAUGGUCUUGUAGGGUCUUUCUUGUCAU